UUACGCAACCGAUAGUUUCAACCAUAGAGUCACAAACAAGUUUUAAAAAGAAAUCGAUUAAAUUUAAUCCAGCUCCUGAACCAGCGAAAAAACCGAAGACAGUUCCAAAAAAUAGUGCGACCCCAAAUGUCUUGACCACCGGACCUAGUGCAGACGCGUUACUCACUUCCAACCAGAACUUAGACACCGGUUUGAAAAGUUUCCAGUGCAGCAUGUGCGGCUAUACCACAGGACACAAAGGAACAGUUAAGAGGCACAUCGAAUUGAAACAUCUCCCCAAAACAGCAAAUGCUUUGAAAUGUCAAAUGUGUGAGUAUGCGACGAAUCUGAGAUUCAAUAUGAAAAGUCACUACAUAAAAAAGCAUUCGGUGCCUGAACAAGCUGCAGCAACGAUGGUAAAAUCUGCACCUAAGCGUCAAAUGCAAUCAAACUCGCUCGUGCCUCCAAGGAAAUCUAAAAUGGUAGAACCAAUUCAAGCGUGUGGUAAUGUAAUCUCAACAAAAGUUAGUCCAGAAGCUCUUGUCAACGUCACCCAGAACUUGACAACUGGAGAGAAAAAUUUUCAGUGUAGCUUGUGUGGUUAUGUAUCGAAUCAGAAAAGUGCCGUGAAGAGACACAUUGAACUAAAACAUCUUCCCAAAACUGUUGUUUUCAAUUGUCAAUUAUGUGAGUAUACUGCCAGUUUGAGGUUUCAUUUGAAAUCUCACUACACUGGCAAGCAUAAUUUACCUGCACAAGCUGCAAAGGCAAUGCUUGCCACUGACUAAAUCAUCUCAGUCGUGAUUUCAAACAGAGUAGAUUUCUUUACCUAUACAGUGGUUUUGUGUUCGUUUAUA